UGUCUGACGACAUAAAAGAAGAAGUUACCUGUCAGCCCCUUCCACCUCCUCCCUCCUCUGUUGCUGUGGACACGAUGAGGAGGAGGCAGGACCUGGCGUGCAUUGUGUGCUUCGGGAGCUAUGACCUGGUGACGCGGUUGCCGCGGCGCCUGCACUGUGGCCACGCCUUCUGCCAGGUGUGUCUGAAGAGACUGGACACAGUCAUCAAUGAACAGCUGUGGAUCCCGUGUCCUCAGUGUCGACAGCACACGCCUCGGCCCAAAGGAGGAGCAGCAGGUCUGGACCUGGACUUGGCCUCCUUCCUGGGGGUGAAAGCUCAGCAGACGCUGGGCCUUCACCCCCGAAGGGAGGGGGCACCGGCCAGAGACCUGACCCAGGAUGGGAAGCUUUGGCUUGGGAAGGAGGUCCCUGAUGACGGCUGGUCACAUGGCGGUCUGGCUGAGCCACGCUUCCAUCGCUAUGGUAACUGUUGCCCGCUGCCGUCCUAUUGGCUGUGCUGCUGGUUUUGCUGCCCAGGGCGGGGCUAG